AUGGCGUGUCUCAGCGCAAUCGUCUCGACUGUACCUACCGAGUCGAGUUCUAAGCAGUUCGCCAAGGGAGAGACUAUCAUCAGCUACCUAGACCCGCGACAAGGCAUCGGUAUGAUUUUGGGAGUUCUCUUGACUGUAUAUGGAGGGCACACAACUGUAUAUCAUGAAGAUAGAGCCGUGGAGACUCCUGGUCUCUAUGCCCAUCUGAUCACCAAGUACCGUGCGACAAUCAUGGCAGCCGAUUAUUCUGGACUGAAGAUUGCUGCGUACAACUACCAACAAGACCCCAUGUCGACGAGGCACUAUAAAAAGAACUCCGAGCCCAACUUCAGCAGCGUGAAACUCUGUCUCAUCGACACCCUCACGCUUGAUUCAGAGUUCCACGAGAUUCUGACCGACAGAUGGCUGCGCCCAAUGAGAAACCCGCGGGCCAGAGAGAUCGUUUCACCAAUGCUAUGUUUGCCAGAACACGGCGGGAUGGUCAUCAGCAUGCGCGAUUGGUUGGGUGGUGAGGAACGAAUGGGAUGUGCGCUCACACACGAGAUGGAUCCGGCAGAACGCGAUUCCAAAAAAGAUGACGCCAAGCUCGAGAAGUCCGAGACCAACACUGGAUUUGGUAGCAGUCUUCUGGGCGGUGGAUCUCGCAUAUCAGCACCCAAAGAGACCGGAAAGAACGACUUGGCUGAGGUACUCCUUGACAAAGAAGCACUGAAGAGUAACGAGGUUGUUGUUUUGGCGAUGGGCGAAGAUGCUAGAAAGUACGCUAGCACUAUGCCGCAUGCUGUCCGGGUUGGUGCCUUCGGUUACCCGAUCCCCGAUGCCACACUUUCCAUCGUUGAUCCUGAGACCAAUCUUCUCUGCACUCCCAAUGUCAUUGGUGAAAUUUGGGUUGAUUCCCCUUCGCUCUCCGGAGGCUUCUGGGCUCUGCCGAAACACACCGAGGCGAUUUUCCAUGCCCGUCCUUACAAAUUCGAAGACACAAACCCGACACCUAUCCUUGUAGAGCCCGAGUUCCUUCGAACAGGUCUGCUGGGCUGCGUGAUCGAAGGCAAAGUGUUCGUUCUUGGUUUGUAUGAAGAUCGAUUGCGCCAAAAGGUGGAAUGGGUCGAGCAUGGCCAAGACGUUGUCGAGCAUCGAUACUUCUUCGUUCAGCACCUGGUGGUCAGCUUGCUCAAGAAGAUCCCGAAGAUCCAUGAUUGUACCGCAUUCGAUGUCUUUGUCAACGAUGAACAUUUGCCGGUCAUCGUGUUGGAGUCAUAUGCAGCGUCAACAGCACCUACAACAUCUGGUGGUCCACCCCGCCAACUAGAUCAGAUCUUGCUUGACUCGCUCGCGGAGAGAUGCAUGGAGCUCCUAUACCAAGAACAUCAUCUUCGAGUCUACUGUGUCCUACUCACGGCCCCAAACACACUUCCUCGAGUGACCAAGAAUGGUAGACGAGAAAUCGGCAACAUGCUUUGCCGUAAAGAGUUUGAGGCAGGCAUGCUACAAGCCGUGCAUGUCAAGUUCGGAGUUGAGCGGUCUGUUCAAAAUCUGCCGGUGGGAGUUGAUCUCGAGGGUGGUAUCUGGUCUCCUCUUGCUCUGGCUUCUAGGCAGGAGCUGCUCGCAUACUCAGAGAAGCAGUACUCGGGCGUGGACUAUCGCGAUGUUGUAAUGGAUGACCGAACAUCUACGCCACUCAACAAAUUCAACACGAUUGUCGAUCUCCUUCAAUGGCGCGUGUCUCGCCAGGCCGAAGAGUUGGCCUACUGCUCUAUUGACGGCCGUGGAAAGGAGGGCAAGGGUAUCACGUGGAAGAAGUUCGAUCUGAAAGUCUCUGCGGUAGCAACUUACCUGAAGAACAAGGUCAAGGUUCGACCGGGUGAUCACCUUAUUCUGAUGUACACACAUUCCGAAGACUACAUCUAUGCUGUCCACGCUUGCUUCUGCAUGGGAGUUGUGGUUAUUCCAAUGGCUCCAAUUGAUCAGAACCGCCUAGCUGAGGAUGCCCCGGCAUUCUUGCAUAUUAUCAAUGAUCUAGGUGUGAAGGCCAUUAUUGUGAACACCGAGGUGGAUCACGUCAUGAGGCAGAAACUCGUGUCCCAGCACAUCAAGCAAUCGGCUCAAGUUCUGCGGAUUGGUGUGCCUGCUAUCUACAACACUUCCAAGCCUUCGAAACAGUCACACGGCUGCAGAGAGCUUGGCUAUACCAUGAAGGAUGCAUGGCUGCAAGGCAACCCGACUGCCAUGGUUUGGACCUAUUGGACCCCCGAUCAGCGACGUAUCUCUGUGCAAAUUGGACAUGAUACCAUCAUGGGUAUGGCUAAAGUACAGAAAGAGACAUGUCAAAUGACCAGUAUGCGCCCGGUGCUCGGCAGUGUACGCAGUACUUUGGGUCUUGGGUUCCUUCAUACAUGUCUGAUGGGUAUCUAUGUUGGAGCUCCCACCUAUAUGGUCUCCCCUGUCGACUUUGCUCAGAACCCAAUGACGCUCUUCGUGACUCUUGCCCGGUAUAAGAUCAAGGACACUUACGCCACAAGUCAAAUGCUGGACUACGCUAUGAGCACUAUAUCCGGCAAGGGCUUCCAGCUUCAAGAACUCAAGAACCUGAUGAUUUCUGCAGAGAGUCGACCCCGAGUGGACAUCUACCAGAAGACCCGCUUGCACUUCGCCUCAGCCGGCUUGGAUCGCACCGCGAUUAAUGUUGUCUACUCACACGUUCUCAACCCGAUGAUUGUAACACGGUCAUACAUGUGCAUUGAGCCUAUCGAGCUUUACUUGGACAUCCGAAGCUUACGUCGUGGCCUUAUCUACCCCGUGGAUCCCGAUGCCGACCCUACUGCGCUCCUGCUUCAGGACUCCGGUAUGGUGCCUGUGAAUACCCAAAUUGCAAUUGUGAACCCGGAAACCUGCACCCUGGCCCACGUGGGUGAAUAUGGUGAGAUCUGGGUCCAAUCAGAUGCCUGUGCCGCUGGAUUCUACAAGUCAAAGCAAGAGUUUGAUUAUGAGCGAAUGAACGGCCGCGUUGCGGAUGGGGAUCCCAAUGUGCCUACGUUCGCACUGCCCGUGGAGAUGCAGGUUCUCUUCGUUCUGGGAAGCAUCGGUGAGACCUUUGAGGUGAAUGGCUUGAACCACUUCCCCAUGGAUAUCGAAACCUCAGUGGAGAGCUGCCACCGCAACAUCAUGAACGGAGGAUGUGCUAUCUUCCAAGCUGGUGGGUUGAUUGUGGUCGUGGUAGAGGUCACUCGUAAGGCCUUCCUGGCCUCCCUUGUUCCUGUCAUCGUCGAUACCAUCUUGGGCGAGCACCAGGUGGUGGCGGAUAUCGUUGCUUUCGUCUCCCACGGUGACUUCCCUCGCUCGCGUCUCGGUGAGAAGCAACGCGGAAAGGUCCUGGCAUCCUGGGUGACCCGGAAGCUACGUACACUCGCUCAAUUUAGCAUUCGCGACAUGGAUGGGGACCACCCCUUCGCAGAUGUGAUCCAGAACCGUGCUAGCAGAAGCUCCAAGCCUGGCAGUACCAUGGGUAACAGCAUGCGUAUGUCGACUAUGCACGAGGAUGAUGCCCCUCCUGUGCCACGGUCGCCAGCCGGAGUGGCUCUGGAGGACAGAAGCGAAGCACCUCCAGGACCGCCAUACCAAGAAAUGCCGCGCCGAGGCACUCUCCCUGAGCUUGAUACCAGAACCGACCAUAGCGUCCCCGCUACACCAGUUUCUGCAGCCCAUUCUGCGGUGCCUUAUAUUCAAGAACCACAGUCUGCUACAAUUAUGAGUGCAGACGAUGAUCACUUCAAUUCAAUGGGACACGAACACCAGCAGGGCACUGCCACAGACGCGAAUCGCGACUUCCGAUUCAGCUUCGAAAUGCCUAGCACACCGAUGGAGCAAAUACCUCAGGGAUCAGCCCAGCCCAGCCACCAGCAUUUACCGAGGGGCGACUCGCUUCCUAAUCACCAAGCCAGCAUGGCAGACCCUGCAUACGCUGAGAAGGCCCGACCGGGUACUCAAGAGAGCGGCGUGAUCGACGAUUGGCCGGCGGAGGCCCUGAUGUACCAGUCCGCCUUGGGUGAUGACGCUCAAGCUGCAGGUGGUAGAUUCAAGAUGGCUUGA